AUGGAUGUGGUUGUUCAAUUAUAUCGGAACAAUGGAUUCUCACGGCCAAACAUUGUGUUGGCGGGUAUCCGUGUAUGGUGGUCCAAUGUUGAGCAAAGCGAACUAAUGACCGAAUCAAUUGUCACACACCCGACAAUGGAUGCCGCACUUGGCAAACUCAACGCGACUUUUGAUUUCACUGGACGUUAUGUGAGACCGGUUUGCUUGACGAGAAAUACAAGUUUUCUGACUGAUGGCGCUCCGAUUGUACUUUAUGGAUUGGGAUUGAACGAAAACGACCAAAUCCCGACAAUUGUUCAAAAAGUUUUCGCAACCAAUGUGUUCUUGGGCGGUCCUAACGACACUUUGAUCUACGCAAACAGCACCAUCGGAUAUGUUAAAAAUGGUGAUGAUGGAAGUCCCUAUUUGACGAAAUUCAACGGUCGCUGGUAUCAAGUUGGCUUCCUCACAAACAUUUCCGCGCCUCCUUCGACUCUUUCCUCCGGUCCAAAGCUCGCUCCUUUAUGUGAUUGGAUAGCCGAGGAUCGUCUCAAAGUGAUUCUCUAUGAAAGGGACACGUUCACUGCUGACGAUAAACUCUUCACCGUUGACGAGUGCAAAGAUGGAUGCACUCUUUCCACUGACGACAACUCGGAUUUUUCUCCAAACUUGGAGUUUGCUUUCAAAUUCACUGGCAGUUGUGUGCAAAUGGAUUUCACUCGCUGCAUCGCCGUUGAGGACAUUUCGUCGAGAACUGAAAGAAAUAUUUUGAACAUCAACGCGACUUUCGAUAAAUAUUCGGCAAACGAUGCUUUUUAUGGAGACAAUUUGACCCCUUCCCCCCUACUAGGAUUCGGGCACGGGCUGUGGAUCGAGCUGCUCUUCGUUUUUUGUUGGAGGAACUCGUCAACAGACACCGAUCAUCUACCUCGGGGAUCGCUGGAUCGAGUCGACUUCGGACUUCUCCCCAGCCACUCGACUACAGGUACCCACCAAUUACCCAAAAAGGGAUUGAACCGAAUCACUUCGUUCUUGGAGAACUCUUCGACGAUCAACUAUAGGUCCCAUAGUCUUCAUCGAUCUACAUUGGUCUCUUCGUCGACCCUUCCGACAACCAGCAACAAAAUUAAUUCUUCACCGAUCAACUCGUCGACUCUUCUAACAACCAUCAACAGGUCCCAGUCUGCAUUGGUCAACUCGUCGACUCUUCCGACAACCAUCAACAGUGUCCAA